AGGUGAGAUGAGAAUAAUAAAAAAAAAUUGUAUCAUGAUUAUUGGGAUUAAGGGAGCUUUAUAAAAUGAUUAUAGGACAUCACAGGCCACAAUAUAAACUUUUAAAAAAAUAUGAGGAAAUAGUACAGUGAUUCAAAAUGAAAUUUAAAUAUUGCAGAAAAACAUUAUAGGCAUUUAUAUAGCGCCAUCUACCUAUAAAUAUUAUAUUCCGAGGUGCGUUGUAGUUAUUAUCAUUAUUACCCCGGCUUUAGCUCGAGCUGCCUUUCAGCGCUCAUGCAUUCAAGGAAUUAAUCCUGCCGGGUACCCAUUCACCUCACCUGGGUUGAGUGCAGCACAAUGUUGUUAAAUUUCUUGCUGAAGGAAAUUAACGCCAUGGCAGGGAUUCGAACCCACGACCCUCUGUUUCAAAGUCAGAAGACUUGUCCACUGGGUCACAACGCUCCACAAAAUUAAGAUUAUAUUGGGAGAUCAUGAUGCAACAUUAACAAAUUUGAGCCAAAUUCGUAUAUGAAAUAUAAAUAAGAUUGUUAUGAAAUGUGAUCUAAAGUCUCAUAUAUGCAUAAUAAUCGGAUGAAAUUGUAAAGUGUGUGGGAAAUGCUUCUGCCCUACUUGGCUCUGUGUUUCAUUAACGGCAUUGAUUUGGUUAAUGUCAUCAGUAACUCAUCACGCUCAUCGUACAUUUUACUUGAAGUACAGGGUAUGCCUAUAUUUUUUGUACAAAUUAUCCCCCACUUCCACAAAGAUUCUAGGAUGUGCCCCUCGCCAUACUCACGCCAGUUUUUUCGAAGGAUGUUAUGAUUGGUUUAUGAUCAAAUUUUUAACCACAUUUAAAAGUCAUUGGUACCAUACAAUUUAUAAAUUUGAAGUAUUAUAACAAUACUUCUAUGAUGUAGCAGGUAUACCCUUUGUAGAGAUCAAGAGUAUAGUAUACUCUUGAUCUCUACGAAUAACGUUAUUGAACAUAAAUUCUAUAAGUAACAUCCAUGGACUGUUUAUGUUGAAACUGCUCCUUUAAUCCUAACAAGACGACUGAAGAGCGAAAAAUUAGACUGACAUUUGUGAUCUAUGUUUACAUGAUUGCAUGAAGCGAAAAUUAUUCAUGAUCAGUUUGAUCAUACGAUAUGGACGAAGACUCAAAGGUGGAGUCUGUAUUUCAGUCAUUGGGCAAUGGGCAGUACUUAAUAAAAUCCAUGAAAGUACCUGUACCUUUGUUUUUGCAAUAUCCUCUCUAUUCCUUCGCAGCUUUCAAGUAUACCACUGAUAAUGCAGGCCACAUCUUAUCCGACCCAGCCGGGAGUCCCGGGUCAGACGGUCUAUGUUCAUCAGCCUGCCCCAGUUAACUACCAUUCUACUGUCCAGAAUCCAAACUCGACGAGUGGUGUGUCUCAGAACUUCAAUGGAGCAGCAGGAAGAGCAACCGGUUGGCUGCAGCUCUUUCUCGGUAUUGGGAGCAUUGUCGUUGCCAUUGGCGAGUUGGUACUCCAGACUGAUGUUGGCUACGUCGCUAUGGGGAUCUGGGCUGCUGUUCUGUUCUACAUCCCAACUGGGAUCUUAGGAAUAUGUUCCAUGCAGAAGAACACUUGUGUAAUCAUCGGUUAUCUUACGAUGAGCAUCAUAACUGCCAAUGUUGCCUUUGGUCAAAUGAUUGUUGGUGCCAUUGGGGCAGGGAUCUUAAGUAAUUACGUCUCACACUGCGAUUGGGUAUACGUUUACUGCGAUCCAUCCUUCAGGAACGGAAGCAUUGCUUGUGACUCUUUGUUGGCCAUCCUUGGAUUGGUAGAGAUGAUUGUAGCUAUUGUGGCUUCUGCUUACUGUUGCGGUGGUAUGGCCUGUGGCCAAUCGUCAACCCGAACCACAACCACCACUGUGUACACCCAGCAGACGACCCCAAUGGUUGUAACAACUGGCCAGUAUGCCCAGCCGACAGGGAUCGCCCAACCCCCUCCAGCUUACAACGUUCAGCAGGCUUACCCUCCAGCGGGCCAACCUGUCCCUCAAGCCGGAUACAACCAGACCGCCGGAUACAACCAGACCGGAUACAACCAAGCCGCAGCUGCCCAUGUUUCCCCUUACAACCAACAAGCAGCUGCUGUACCAACCAAACCUGGCGGAAUGGUGGCUUAAAAAUGGUUGAAAAUAGUCAUAAAAUACGCCUCAUUUUACUAUAUUACAUUAGUAAGCAACUCCCUUUAAAAAACGUGGUAAUGAUAAGCUUGAAACACGUUAUAAAGGUGAGGAGACUGACUCCUCCAUUUCGUAAAUUCACACAUUUUGAAUUGCAUUCAUCUUCAAUUAAAAAAAAAAUGGUAAUGGUAGGAAUUCUACAGAUGGUAAUUUACGCUUAGAAUUAGAUCCCUGUGCCAUGAACACAGUUUUUUUUCUGACGGGCAAUAUACAAAAGGUUGUACAAUGGCCUUAACAGAUCGCCAAAGCAAAUAAAUUACCUCUCACAAUAAUCAUCUAUGCUUUAUUUUAAACAUGGGCCAUUUCUACCAUUUCUAUUUUUUGUAAAUAUUCAAAUCGCUAAAUAUUAGUCUAAUUUGAUAUUAUGAAAUGCAAACAAUUGUAUAAUAAUUGAUUCAUUCUCUACAAAUGAAACCUUGAAAAUCAAUAGCCUUUCUUUCUAUAUAUAUAUAUAACCUCAAGUGCAGUGAAAUAUAGACAUAUAGAUUAUGUAUCUAUUUUAUGUAAUUUAUUAUUAUUACUGCACAUUGAUGUCGUGCCUUCUGAUCUCUUGCUUGUCCUAUUCGUAAAAAAAUGUAUCGUCUGAUAAAGAUGUCUGACAAGAAAGGCUGAGGAUUUAUUGAUAAGAAAAAAAAUCAUGUUCAGUAGAAUACAUCUUUUUAAUGAUGUAUUAAAAUUGUGCUUGCUUUUGAUUGUUUUCAUUGUGAAUUUAUAGGCCCAGAUUUGCUUGGUUUAGUAAUAAUAUCUUGUAUAAAGUUAUGCAAUAAUACUGAAGUAAUGCUACAACUUGAUUACAUUUUUGCAGUAAUCCAUGCUAGAUAAACUUAGCAAAGAACCCCUUUUUUUUAGAUAUUACUCGUGCAAAGCAAUGUGAAUUAAAUAUGGUUGGGUUUGUGGUGAAUUCAAUGGAUAAGAACUCUUUUGUAUAUUAUUCUAUUAAAGCGCUAUAAAAAUACCCGUAGGAUAGGCCUAUACGUUGUUCUAUAAAGUACUGGUAUUUACAAUUAAAAUACAUCCAUAUUUUGGUUUUAUGUCUUUCUCUCCUAUAAUUCCCACUGGCUCUUUUAGGCCGGUGAGUUUAUGGCCAAUGAUUUGAACGCCAGGUCGAUUGUCAUUAAGAAAAUACAAUGAUAUAUAUAUGGCUGAAAUAUGUAAUGUAUUUCGAAGUUUGAGAAAUAAUUUCGGAAAUAGUGGAUAUUGAUGCGAGGUAGUGUAUAUUACUGAUGAAUUAUAUUUCUUGAUUGUGUUAAUUGUUGAUUGUGUGAACUAUCUUUCAUAUUCUUCGAUUAUCAAUUUCUAAAGAUGAAACUAGUUAUGAUGCUAAUAUUCACCUCGAAUCUUUACUUUGAUGAUCGAUUUUUUUUAAAUCUAAAAAUGUUAUACUCCGCCUGUAUAUCUGAAAUAUAUUUAUGUAAUUGAAUUAUGAAUGUUAUUCAGAUCUAUAUAUUUAUAGUGGAGGUCUCUAUGUCUUUCAAUAAUCUAAUGUACAAUGAGAAAAAUAUAAUUAGUGUUUAAUUAAUUCUGAUAAAACAACAGUUACACUUUGCUAAAAUAAAUAAACCAUUUAGCCACAUUUGAAACGAGACGUUUCACCAAUCGGUGUUGUAUUUUAUCUUAACUAUAGUCUGCUGCUUGUAGUGUUAUAUAUAUACAAAUUGGGCGGUAGAUUUCGUACAUGCAAAAGAUUCCACCCCAUAGACAUACUAUUUUAUCUAUAUUUACUAUAUCCACUCCAAUACAGGGAGUAUCACAUUUUGCUGCAAAUCAUGUACGUUAAGUGGUAAUGUAGAAAAUGAUAUUUUAGACUAAAAAACCAUUACAUAACCCACCUUACCUUAAUCGGAAACAGUUGAUUACAUCUCGUUGAUAAAUAAAUUGGAUGGAACAUGUCACACUGAUUAAUAGCUAAAUACGAGUUAUUUCGAAUCGUUUGAUAAACCUUUGCCAUUAUUAGUUUUAUUGUCUUUUUUUCAAAUAAAACUAAAAUAAAUUAUUGUUAAAUGGUGGCUGUGUGGAUUCGAACUAUUUGGUUACGAGACCAGUGUCUGGUAAUUUUUUUAAUUGAUUUUUUAUUGUUAACCUUGUCAUGGUAGUAGAUUCCGCGUAAUGAUUUGCACUGAUUAAAACUUCAAUACGCAAUCA